CCUCGCAUCUUCUGGUUCAGCAGUCAUAGACACCAUGGCCUUCUCGUUUGGGAAACCGCCGGGAUCGGCGCCUGCUACGCAGACCAGCACACCGGGCUUCUCGUUCGGUGGGAACACGGCUCAGCAGCAGCAACCGCAGACGGGAGGAGGUAGUCUCUUUGGAGGUGGACAGCAGCAGCAGCCGGGGCAAGGGGGAGGAGGCUUCAGCUUCGGUGGCGCUCAGAACACGACGCAGCAACAGCCACCACAACAACAACAACAACAACAGUCACAAGCGCAGAUGGGCCAACUCGGCGGAGGCUUCAGCUUCGGAGGCACUUCGAGCUCGCAACCGCAACCGCAACAGCAGCAGAACCAGCAAGCUGGAAGCGGAGGACUCUUUGGCUCGACGUCUCAGGCACCUGGUCAACAGAACAACAACUCCCUCUUUGGGGCGCCAUCCACACUGAACAACCAGCCUCAACAACAACAAAAUAGUUUGUUUGCGAGCAGCACAGCGGGGCCCCUGACGCUCUCGCAGCUCGGUGGCCAGCCCUCGUACCAGCUCAACAAUCAGCAGCAGCAACAAAAAGGGCUUGGAGCUCCCCCGCAGGGAGGGCAACAACAGACACAGCAGCAACAACAACAGCAACAGCAACAGCAGGGGAACAAGAGACUAGGGACGCCCAUGAAUGCAAAGAUGGAGGCUUUGAGAUCGGCAUGGAAUACCCAAGACAUUCAGGUCUGUCAAUUCCUUUUCUACUUCUACAAUGCACUGCCACCCAACGUGCCGGGACUUGCAGAGGCGGUGAUGGCGAAUUCAAAUUUUGGCAGAAGGCAAGACGCCGUUGGACCACGGCAUGAGGCGCUCUGGGCCCGGACGUUGCAGGAGAAUCCAGAUCGAUCAAGGCUCGUCCCCGUCUUGGCCGUUGGGUUUCAGGACCUGAAAACGCGCGUCGAUCUCCAGCACGGCGAAGCUACACGCCAGCGAGCUCGCCUGACGGAACUCUCUUCGCGCCUUUCUUCGCUCUCGCAGAAGCAUUCACUCUCCGACUCAGUCCGUCUCGAGGCCAUCUCGAGACGCCAGACGACGCUGCACCACCGUCUGGUGGGCAUCGCGAGGAAGUCGCACCUGCUCAUCCCUGCGCUGAGGGGGAGGAGCGUCACGGCAGACGAGGAUCGCUUGCGCGUCACGCUCGAAGCGUGCGAGGCUGAGCUCGAGGCAGUUGGUGGGGGAGCAGGCUCGAGGGGAGGCGUAGCACACGGAAGGCUCAGAGCGAGAGUAAACGAGCUAUGGGCGCAGUUGGGCGCUAUCAAGGCAAAGAAAGAGGCGCUGGGUAGUGAAGUGGGUGACGCAACAGAGUGGGCCGUCGUCGACGAGAACGGCCUCGAAGACGUCGCGAAGAUUCUCGGCUCGCAACAGCAAGGUCUCAACCACCUCAGCACAACGCUCGAGACAGACGAAAAAGGCCUCGAUACCGUCGUGAAAGGACUCGAGGGCGUUCAACUGAUCGGCGUCAAGGGCGUGCUUUCUGCAAGAGGCUGAUCUACAUCUAAAUGGCAUUGCAAUGUACUACUUUUGAUGAGCAGGAGGACGGGUCUCAGCGGGUUCUUUCCUCUUCCAAGCCUGACCCCGUGCCAAAGCUGCAAAUGCUCUUGCCCGUUCUUUGUCCUCUUCUUGCUCUUCGUCCUCUUGUCCCUCGUCCUCUCGUUCGUCUUUGCCCUCUGCCUGCUGCUGCCGAACGAAUUUCCUCUCCUCCUCCCCCUCCUU